GAUGGCAUCGUCCUUGGGGCAGAUACGAGAGCGACUGAAGGGAUGGUUGUUGCUGACAAGAACUGUUCAAAAAUACACUUCAUUUCCCCUAAUAUCUAUUGCUGCGGAGCAGGCACGGCUGCAGACACUGAUAUGACAACGCAGCUGAUUUCCUCCAACCUGGAGCUCCAUUCGCUGUCCACUGGGCGGCUUCCCAGAGUUGUCACAGCUAAUCGGAUGCUAAAGCAAAUGCUCUUCAGGUAUCAAGGCUACAUCGGUGCUGCCCUGGUUUUGGGGGGAGUGGAUGUCACGGGACCUCACCUGUACUGCAUCUACCCCCACGGGUCAACCGACAAGCUGCCGUACGUCACCAUGGGUUCUGGAUCGUUAGCAGCUAUGGCGGUAUUUGAAGAUAAAUACAAACAGGACAUGGAGGAAGAGGAAGCCAAACAGCUUGUGCGAGAUGCCAUCGCAGCUGGCAUAUACAAUGAUCUGGGCUCUGGCAGCAACAUCGAUAUCUGCGUUAUCAGCAAGAGCAAGUUGGAUUUUCUCCGUCCUUACGACGUGGCCAACAAGAAGGGGGACAGGUACGGUAGGUACAAGUGUGAAAAAGGAACUACUGCAGUCCUCACAGAAAGUGUGUCACUGCUGGAAAUCGAGGUGGUGGAUGAAACUGUACAGACCAUGGACACGUCCUGA